AUGGCCGCUUCAGGAACUUUUGUUGAUUUCGAACUUACAGAGGCCAACUUACAAACUCAAGGGCACCUCCAACCGGACACGGAGCUGGACGGGGAUACCGGGGAGGCAUCGGUGCUCCACGAGCAACUUGUACGACAUGUCCUCGCUAUCAGCGGAGAGUUGGAAUCGCGAUCGGACGUAUGGGGGGAGCACUCGUAUGCGAGGGCGCGCGGCGCCGCACCCAACUCGCAGAUCCGCUCGCUCCUGCCCGAGACGGAGCCCGAGUCCGACCCCGGCGACUUCGUCGACGUCGAGACGGUGCCGCGGGACGCGCCCACGCCGCCGCUCGACCGCGACGGCGAGGACGAGGAGGACGAGGAGCGCGCCGAGAGGACCGGCGACGAGUGCGACGAGGACGACGACUGGGAGCGGCGCGUGACCGCGCUCGCGCCGAGCGCCGCGCACGCGCGCCUCGCCGCCGCCGCCGCGGACACGCUGCGCGCGCUGCGCCUGGAGCGGCUGGCGGGCGCGCGCGGGCGCUGGGCGCGGCGCGAGGGCGCGCGCGCGGCGGCGGGCCGCCUGCGGCGCGCGCUGGCGCCGCACUGGGCGGGCGGCGCCGCCUGGCUGCACGCGGCGCUGCGGGCGGCGCUGCCGCGCGAGCUGCGCGCGCUGUACGCCGAGCUGCUGCGCGAGCUGCGCCGCGCCGCGCCGCGCCUGGCCGCGCGCCUGCAGCCGCGUGCGCCGCCCGCCGCGCCCGACCCGCUGGACGCGGCCGCAGAGCCCCGGGACGCGAGUGCGCCGGGCCCGUGGCUCGCCUGGGUGCCGAGCGGCUCCGACGCGGAGGACGAGCGCUGGACGCGGCGCCUCGGCGCGCUGCUGCACGUGCGCGUGCUGCGGCCGCCCGCCCCGCCGCCCGCCCCGCCGCCCGCCCAGUCGCCGGAGCGCUGGUGCGCGGCGCUGGCGCACGACGCGCGCGCCGCGCUCGCCGACGUGCUCGCCGAGGCGGGGCGCUCGCGGCGGCGCGCCGUGCUGCUGGGCGGCGUGGGCGCGGGCGCGGCGCUGGCGGCGUGGCUGGCGGCCGGCGCGGGCGCGCGCGUGCGCGGCGUGCUGCUGCUGGCGCCGCCGCCGCACACGGCCGAGGGCGCGCGCGAGGCGCUGCGCGAGCCGGGCGCGCCGCUGCUGGCCGUGGUGGGCGGCGCGGCGGCGGGCGGCGGCGCGGCGGCCGAGCUGGCGGCGGCGAGCGCGGCGCGCCGCGUGCUGCGCCUGGCGGGCGCCGACGCGGCGCUGCGCCUGCCGCGCGCGCGCCGCCGCCGCCUGCGCCUGCCGCAGCAGGCGCUGGACGCCGCCGUCGCGGAGGAGUGCGCGCGCUGGGCCGCCGAGGUGGCGGAGGCGGAGCCGCGCGCGCGCCGGCCCGACGAGCCGCGCGCCGCCGGAGGGACCCGGACGUUGGAGGUGAUCGAGGGCCGCGUGAUGCCGCCGCGGCGCGCGGAGUUGGCCGCCGCCGACAUCAUGCGCCUGCCCAUCGUGUUCGCGGACGACGAGCCGCCCGCCCCCGCGGCGCCCGCCCCGCCCGCCCCCGACGAGCCCGCGCUCACGGUGACGAGCGCGCGGCGGGCGGGCGGCGCGCUGCAGUACACGCGCGUCAUCGUGGCCAAGCGCGGCCCGCGCCCCGUGCUGCUGCGGCGCCGCGCCCCGCCCGCCCCGCCCGCGCCGCCCGCCCCGCCCGCGCCCUAA